AUGGUAGAGACAUUAUCAAUACCAUUUCAUAGGUGUUUCAAAAAUGUUGUCAUUCGAGCAAACAUACUAUCAUAUUGUUCCGUGUUGAGCAGCUUGGCACACAAAGCUGAUCUUCAUGCAAUACAAUCUAAAUCAAGUACUGGUGCAUUUUACAAAUUGAAAAAGAAAGUACCAUCAUACUCGAGCGGUGCUAACUUGAUUGUAUUGCUGUCUCGAGUACAACCGGAACUAUGGAUGGUUAGUCGGUAUGCGCUGCCAUGGUCAUUCCUCAAACACUACUUGACUCGAUCGCUGUUUGAUCGUGUUGAUGUUAUUGAAAGAUCACAUGUCAUCAAUGCAUAUUGUCGACAUCCAAAUGCUACACUCGAUACACUCAUACAUCUGUUGGAUUGGUCUCCUGACUUUGUACCAGAUGAUUCGACAUUGUUUGAUCGAGUUGCAGAGCGCGGACAUUUGGAUAUACUCAAGUACUUGAACAAUCGGUACCAUAAUCUAGUCGCUUCAUGCGAUGCAGUCGAUCGCGCAAGUUAUAACGGGCAUUUGGAGGUACUACAAUACAUCUUUGAGCAUAGAGAAGGACAAGCUGGUAGUUGUCUGGCAAUGGAGGGUGCCGCUAAAAAGGGACAUCUCAAUGUACUACGACUCAUACACGAGCGUUACAAUCAACAAGAGACUAUCAAUCCAGGUGCAAUCAUAUUAGCAUGCAAAAAUGGACACUUGGACGUUGUCAAGUAUCUUGACCAACACCAACUUGACAGUGGGUGUAAUGUCAGUGCUAUGGACUAUGCGUCGGCUGGUGGUCAUCUCAGUGUCGUUCAAUACCUACAUUCUAGCCGUACCGAAGGGUGCACUACUGAUGCGAUGGACGAUGCGUCGGCUGGUGGCCAUCUCAGUGUCGUUCAAUACCUACAUUCGAGUCGCAGUGAAGGAUGCACCAAAAAGGCUCUCAUUUCAGCAUCAUUCAACGGACAUUUUGACGUCGUCCAAUAUCUUGUCGAGACGGUACUCGUCAAACCAGGUAGUGAAGCAAUCGAUCGUGCUGCGACCAAAGGACAUAUGAACAUUUUACAAUACCUAGCCAAACGUAUCAUACCCUCAAAGAAUACAAUUACAGGUGCUGCAAUGGCAGGUAAAAUCGAUAUUGUUCGGUAUCUAUUACAACCGACCAAAACCAAAAGCAACCAUGGUUGCUCUCCAAACACUUUAAAGUCAGUGAUAGAGUCAGGUAACUUGGAGAUGGCAACUCUUCUUCACCAGAGUAUACCCGGGUUAAAGUGUCCCAACUCUAUCGAUCUAGUAGCUCAAUACUGUCCACAAAACAUUCAACUUGCCAAAUUCCUGCAUGUCAACCGUCCAACCGACGGAUGUACGUCACUUGCAAUGGACUAUGCCGCAGGUUACGGUAGUUUGGAGCUAGUCACAUUUCUUGACAAAUACAGGACUGAAGGGUGUACUAUAAAAGCAAUGAUUGCUUCAUCUGGUAGUGGUCACUUUGAUAUUGUCAAGUAUUUAGAUGGAAAUAGAAAAGAAGGGUGUAGUAGUGCUGCAAUGGAUGAGGCAGCUGCUCAAGGCCAUUUGGAUAUUGUUGUUUAUUUGGAUAAGCAUAGAAAAGAGGGAUGCACAAAGAGAGCUAUAGAUAGUGCCGCUGAAAAUGGAUUCUUUGACAUUGUAAAGUACUUGCUAGAGAAUAGAAGUGAGGGAUUCUCUGAAAGUGCUGUCAAAUAUGCAACCAAGAACGGUCACUUGGGCAUCCUAUCGCUUUUGUUUAAACACCGUAGUGUAACUGAUAAAUGGAACUUUUUAGAGAUGAAAUUAGCAGUAAACAGUGGGAAAUUGGAAAUAGUUAAAUUCAUUCAUGAUAAUGUAUCAGAGGCAAAAUUCACCUAUCAUGAUAUGGAUCAAGCUGCAUUUGAUGGUAGUGGUGCAAUUCAAGGUGCUUGUUUGAAUGGACAUAUCAAAGUGCUCGACUAUCUAUUACAAAACCAAUGUUGUAAAGAAUGGGAAUUCUUUAGUGUUUUGGAAAGAGCAUCAGAGUUUGGGUUCCUCCCAAUCGUAGAAUUGUUGGUAAACUGGUGGAAAACACCAGGCAAUGCUGGUUCAAGCCCCAUCAACAUUGCAUUUCAAAAAUCAUUUGAAAACGCUAUUCUCGAUGGUUACUUGACCAUUGCCCGAUUCCUUUUCGAGAAUUGUUUGGAUCGUAAACCAUUUGACAUUAACGAAUAUGAUAUCCAGCAACUAAAAGAAAGAGGUAGAAUUGCAAUCAUUAGAUAUCUUAACAAUAAUGGAAAAGAACUAGGUGGAGGUGGAGGUGGAGGUGGAGGUGGAGGUGGAGGUGGAGGUGGAGGUGGAGGUGGAGGUGGAGGUGGAGGUGGAGGUGGAGGUGGAGGUGGAGGUGGAGAUGGAGAUGGAGAUGGAGGAGGAAUCUUGUGCAUUUUCGUACUUUGUCACCUCUUUACAAACUUUUAA